AUGAAUUUAAAAAAUUCGAAAUUUUUUAAACGCAUUCAAACGCUUCGUCGGAUAUCGAAAGAGAAAAUACGCAAAGAGAAAGAACGCAAUCGUCUCGAUUUUGAUUUAGCCAAUUGCUUUCAGGAACGAAAUGGCAUUGAGGACAGUAAAAUGGAAGAACCGUUCCUUAUAGGCGGUUCUGGAUCUGAAGACAAUUCCAUCGAGCAAAUAAAAUUACGUCAACAACAAUUCCUAGUCCAACAAUGCGAACAAUGCCAGCCAGUUGAAGGAGAAGACGACACCACCGUAAACGGUUUAAUACAUUUCAACAAUACUUGCUUUCAAGUGAAAGGUAUUACCGGUGUACCACCCAAGAAGAGAAGCAGCAACGAAUCGUUACCAACGAUAAGCUCAACCCGUUGCAGUAUGUGCGUUUGCCAUUCCCGUUAUACUAUCAUCGGUAAAGUAGCAAAGACCUUGGGCUUUCGAAUGGUAAAAGAUAAUAAAUUGUGGAACAUAUUAUGGACGGAUUCAUUAGCUGGUGUAGAGCUUUACAAGAAUAUGAAACGUUUUCAGCAAGUCAAUCAUUUUCCCGGUAUGAUGGAAAUAUGUCGGAAAGAUUUACUUUCAAGAAAUUUAAAUCGUAUGCUUAAAUUAUAUCCCAAAGAGUAUAAAAUAUUUCCAAAAACUUGGGUCUUUCCGGCUGACUAUGGUGAUGCUUUAAACUAUUCCACAUCCCGUGCUAAGCCCGUCACUUUCAUUAUAAAGCCAGAUGCUGGAGCUCAGGGCAGAGGUAUAUGGCUUACAAAUGAUUUGAAAACGAUUAAUCCCAGUGAACGUAUGAUUUGUCAAACCUAUAUAAGCAAACCCCUUUUAAUUGAUGGUUACAAAUUUGAUUUACGUGUGUAUGCUUUAAUUACAUCGGUUGACCCGCUACGCAUAUUUGUCUAUAACGAAGGCUUAGCGCGUUUCGCCACCAGUAAAUAUGUAGAACCGACACCAGACAAUCGAUGCGAUCUCUUCAUGCAUUUAACAAAUUAUUCGGUUAAUAGACGCAAUUCUCAUUAUGAGAUGUGCGACAAUGAUGAUUGUGGCAGUAAACGUAAACUGAGUGCUAUUAACACUUGGCUACGUCGUCGUAAUCAUAAUGUCGAUGAAUUUUGGAGUAAAAUCGAUGAUAUUCUUAUUAAAACAAUAUUAAGCGCUUGGCCAAUGUUAAAACACAAUUAUCAUGCCUGCUUUGCGGCUCAUGAUCGAAUUCAGGCAUGUUUUGAAAUACUUGGUUUUGAUAUACUCGUCGAUUCGAAAUUGCGACCAUAUAUAUUGGAGGUGAAUCAUUCACCUAGCUUUCACACCAACGAAUUGGUCGAUAGACAAGUUAAGAAGCCAUUGAUAAAAGAUACUUUGAAUUUGGUAGCCACGGCUCUCGCUGAUAAAAGGCAAAUUUUGCGUGAAGAUAGGAAACGAGUUAAGCAACGUUUGCUUAAAUCCGUCAAGCAAGGCAACGUAUCACAGAGAUCUAAUUUUAGCAAUUCAACUAAUAACACCACCGAAGGGAAUAAUCAGAACGGUUCGCCAAAAAAUAAAACAUUAAGCAGUAAUUCAACAGGUGAUUGUCCUCUCAGUGCUUUGGCUCAGCAAAUCGCAUGGGAAGAAAGUCACUUGGGCGACUUUCGACGGAUUAUGCCGCCAACUGAACCGAAUAAACUGAAUUAUUAUUGUCAGUUCUAUGGAGUGCAAAAUCAAGCUUCUAUUUAUGCCGAGACGGCAGCUAGUAAGAAGCGUGAAGAGGUUGCUAAAAAAAUGCGCAUGGAAUUGGAGGCGAAACGACGUAAACAAAACGAAAUGCAUAGUCGUCCGGGGACAAAAUUCGAAGACCGCAGUCGUAAACGUGCUCGGGUGCCACGCGACGUUAUUGAAAAAAAUCGUUUAACCCAAUUACGCAAUCAGGCUCAUUGGACGCCUGGAUUUAUAUCUAUGGCUGAGGAGCGACUACGCGCCAGCACUAUGCAAAUGAGAAGCGAUCUGCUCAGAGAAAUGAAAAUUAUGGAAUCUAUCUAUACAAAUUUAUAUAAUGCCGGUAAUCUUACAAGUACAGAUAUUUUAAAAUUCCCGGAUUUAUAUCGUAGUCUUGAAGAGGGCACUAGUAUAACCUCUAUGGCUGAAUCGAGCACGACAUAG